AUGUCUGCUGCCGAACUGUUGGGUUCAACCGCGGCAUUCGCGCAAGGGAACGAAAACGUCAUCCUGGAUAUCUUUAAGAGGUGGGAUGAGGAUCACAGUGGAUUUAUCGACCGCGACGAGCUAGCCAGCAUCAUGUACAAGGUGUCUCCGAGUCUCAGCCAGGACCAGAUCGACGUGCUACUGGGGUGCAUUGACAGCAACCUCGAUGGUGUCAUUGACUAUCGCGAGUUUGUGGGCUGGCUUACAAACAGGCUGGCCCAAUAUACAGUUGGGGAUGACGGAUGGAUCACCGACUUCGACUUGAAGGGGCUCUUGAAGCCACUUUUCGAAAUCUGGGACAAAGAUGGCUCGGGCGAAAUCACGAGGGAAGAGUUCAACGAGCUGUCGCAGAUUCUACAAAAUUCACUGCGACUGCAUCCGCUCGCCAAAGGAGAUGUCCUUGUGGUGGACUUCGAAGUCAAGGAGUUCGUCUCUUUGGACGAGUUUGUAUCGUGGCAGUCCGGCGUCCUGCAGAGAUCUGGCGUCCCGAACAACAAGCUUCCAGAUUUGAUACACACGCUCGCAGAAUCACUUCAGUGCAUCUUCGACAUUGAACAGAUGAAUCAGCAGGCCACGACAGGCGUGGACAAGACCUUCUCUGCCCUGUCGAACACUAUCCAAGUUGUGGCUCAGACCACGCGCCAGCUCUACGCUCCGAAGCUCAGCGAGGUGCCUGCAGAUGCGCAGGUGCGGCGGAUCAUGCAGUCGGCUGCAAGCCAUUGGACUUCCCCGCCAAACCUUGUGGACAUGCAGCUGCUCGCUCGGACCUUCGCUAAGGCACACGGGCUCCGACCGCUGGGAUUUGAGUCGUCCUCUCCAUCGCGGUCACCACGAAAGAAGCUUACCUCCCCAACCGCCUCGGUCCGGCCGCGCACAAGGCGCAGUGUUCGGACCCAGGUUCAGGAGUCGCUGGGGCAGAUCGUGCUUGUCGUCCCUGCUGUGAAUGAUGGGCUGGCUCAGGUCCCGAACUGGUUUGCGCAGGUGGACAGAACUGUCUUUGGGGAGGGAGCAGCAAAAGACAUACUCCUGUACGAGUUGGAUAGAACUGGCAUCAUCCCCGCCUGGCGUCUGGUGAAGGACGAUGCUCACUUUCGCGACUCGAUGGAAGCACUCCCCAAGGAGCUGCAGGUGCUCGGUCUCCUCAAGGCACAGGCCCUGAUGGGAAACCAGCUGGGCUGGCACGCCAUUGAGACGGCCUUGGCACGGGCUGUGUCCAUGGAGAUUAUCAGCGAGGAGGACCUCGAGGUCUUCAGCAAGGACAUGCUCAUCAAGGCCGCGGCGGAGGUGAAAGAAAGCCGACAUUUUUCGGAGCUGAAGGACUUGCACAUCGUUCUGGAAGAUGCAGCUCGGGAAUACCUGGAGCUUCAGGUCAAGCUUUCGCCGCUUGAAGUCCUGACUGCUCUCUCGUCGUUGGAAAUCAUCAAGGUCUCUGAGGAGGUGGUUCAGCAGCUGAAAGCCGAGAUGAGCGACAAAAGCACAUCUUGA